AUACACCAACUAGCUAGCUGGUGUCUGAAAUCUGUUGCUAGCAGGUAACUAGCUAGCAACAUGCUUUUUGAUAGGAGGAAUGCCAUGGCUAAAGAUGGGUUACAUGAUGAAAUGGUAACGCCAGGUCGGUAAUGAAGCAGCGGUUUGCGAGCACAGCUGAAGAUAUCUGCCUAACGACGUCGUUUGUGAAGGUGCAAGUGCAGUCCUCCUCAUUGAGGUAAGAGAGGCGGCCGGGACCCGGGACCAUGAGUGAGAAUGGCCCUCAUACGGAGGCGCCCAUGUAUUUUGAGGUGGAGGUGGAUCCACUGGAGCGGGAUGAGGAAGAAGAAGAGGACAAGAUCCACUAUGACAAAGAUGAUGAUCUGAUUGCUGAACCCUCAUCAUCGUCCGGACGGGUAUAUGACCGCACCACAGUGCUCAUUGAGCAGGAUCCCAUCCGGCUGGACGAGGAGGGAGAAGAGGAUGUUCAGUGUGGAGGGGAUGAAGAUGGGGUCACCUUCUUAACUGAAGGGGAAGGGGAUGGAGAUGAGGAAGAGGGCUCUCUGGCCUUCAUGACUGACCCGGACAGCAUGUCACAGGGUUAUGUGCACCACACCAUUUCACCAGACCAGAUCCAGUUCAUAAUCAAUCCAGGCUCCACUCCCAUGCCACGCAACAUUGAGGGGGCCACUCUCACCCUGCACUCUGAGUGCCCAGAGACCAAGCAGAGAGAGGUGAAGCGUUACCAGUGCAUGUUCGAGGGCUGCACACGGACCUAUAGCACUGCGGGCAACCUGCGGACACACCAGAAGACACACCGGGGCGAGUACACGUUUGUGUGCAAUCAGCAGGGCUGCGGAAAGGCCUUCCUCACCUCCUACAGCCUCAAGAUCCACGUGCGCGUCCACACUAAGGAGAAACCCUUCGAAUGUGACGUGCAGGGUUGUGAGAAAGCCUUCAACACUCUUUACAGACUAAAAGCACACCAGAGACUUCACACAGGCAAGACAUUCAACUGUGAAUCGGAGGGAUGCACAAAGUACUUUACGACACUCAGUGACCUGAGGAAGCACAUUCGCACACACACUGGGGAGAAGCCAUUUCGGUGUGACCAUGAUGGCUGUGGCAAAGCAUUUGCUGCAAGUCAUCACCUAAAAACACACGUACGGACACAUACAGGGGAGAAGCCAUUCAACUGCCCCAGUGACGGAUGUGAAAAGACAUUCAGCAGCCAGUACAGUCUGAAGAGUCACAUCCGGGGCCAUGACAAGGGCCAGCCCUUCAGUGUCACCCUCACCCACCCGCUCUCCGAAGAUGCAAAUCACUCGCUGUGCCUCAGUGACUUAAGCCUCAUUUCUACAGACUCAGAGCUUCGAGAGAACAUCCAUAAUGCACAGAAUUUGGACCUGAACAAUGUGACCCCUGUGAAAAUCUUCGAACUCAUGUUCCAGAGUCCUGAAAAUAGUGUCAGUCAAGAUGACACCCAUCCCAACGAGAGCCUUGCCGAAACUUUCAACCUGGAGACCUCUGCCCAACCAGGAGCGACUGAUUCCUCGCCUCUUCUCUCCUUCUCUCUCAAUCCUACCUCCUCCUCCUGUACCCACACAUCCAAGGACUUGGAGACUCCCUCACAGCUCAGCCAGACCUCCUCCUCUCAGACUUCCACCCCCUCUUCUGUCAGCGCAACUGUGAGCUCCACCCAGCCAGCCCCCUUUGUGCACCUAACAGUCCCCCAGCAGGCACCUGACAUGCCUGCUCAGGCUCCAGUCCAAGCUGCAAACCAUGUUACCCCCCAGCACUACGUGGCACUGCCACCCACAUUCCUACAGCCAGAUGGCACUACCCAGACCACUCCUUUAGCACCACCCAUUGUCUCUGUUCCUCCUCCGGUGGUUCCAGCACUGAACUCAACAGUGCCAGGUACUACUGCUGUUUCUGUUGUUGCAGCCACUACUACAGAUGCUCUGCCGGCUGUGGCUCAACCUGUGCCUUUGGCCACCAACCCUGCCCCCAUGCCUGGUCCUGGUCUGGCUCCCACCCCUGCCACCAUUACCAUAGCCCCCACCCAGAAUCUGCUGCAGCCCAGCUUGGUCAUGUCUGACCAGAACCUGCAGUGGAUUCUCAGCAGUGCUGCGAACACCCAGCAGAACCCAGAACAAGCGCAACAGCAAGGAACUCCAAAAGUUGAAAAGGUUUUCUUUACCACUGCAAUACCAGUGGGAGGAAAUGCAGGCAACUCUGUGCAGCAGAUUGGCCUCAGCCUGCCGGUCAUCAUCAUCAAACAGGAGGAAUCCUGCCAGUGUCAGUGUGCCUGCAGGGACUCUGCAAAAGACAAGAGCUCAAAGAGCAACACUUCCACAGUUUCAGUCGUAGCACCGCAGCAACCUCCAGAGCCCCCGCCACCCCCACUGCCGCAGCCCUCAGAGCCUCCACAACACCCAGCCACCUCAUCUUCCUCAUGCUGCCUCCCUGAGUCUGCCUCCAAGGCAAGUGAGGUCAGACUGGAGAUCCCCUCUUCCUCUUCAGCUCAGACUUUCUCCACAGUGGUGAGCAGCUCGGCUACCAACCCUUCUCCAUCGGAUGGAUUAGCCAACAUGGAUGUCUCCGAUUUCCUCUCCCUACAGAGCCCUGAGACGGCCGCCAACAUUGAGGCUCUGCUGCUUGUUGCUGACGACUUCAACAUGGCCACUGAUUGCAACAGCAAUGGCAAUCCUUAGAGGAGCUGCCGGCCUAGCAUCAUGUGCGUGUCUGUUUCACCUAUUCCUCCAUGGGCAUUGAUCCCCCUUCCCACAUCUCAAGUGAUUCUCCUCAGCAAGGACCUCUUCUGUGAUCCUGUGUACCUUGUGCAUAGCCACCUUGUACCUGCAGUGCAUUCUGUUCUGUGUGGCAUUGUGCAACAUUAGAGGUCCUCAUCUAAUCGUCGACUGAGUGUCUGCAGUAGUGAAGUUUUUAGAAGCAGCAUUAUUUUGCAUAUCAUUUGAGGUUUAUCGAGGUUAUAUUACUAUUAAAUGCAGGGAAAAAGCAAUUGAUCCACUUAGUAACCCAAGUAUAUGAAUCUGAAUUGGCUUUAAAUGAAACAAGUCAGUGUUUUCCAAGCACUGAUACUGAACGUUUUCAUUUACCUGGCUUGAAGGUCAUAUGUGAGCAAGAAAACAAAACUUGAGUUGUCUGUAUAUCCUUGUACUGUACUAAAGGUCCUAACAAAUAUUUAUAGCUGGUAUGCAACUGACCAGAAUGCACUGUAUGUUAGAGGAAUUUGGUAUAGUUUUAUGAAAUAUCGUUCCUAGCUGAAAUUAGAGGGUGUUGGCUGCCCAUUCCCUUGUUUUGCCUUCAUACAAUGCCAAGAUAUGAAGUGAUUUCUUCAGUGUUUUGUUCUAGUUAGACUAGCAUACUCCAGAAAAUGUGAUUUCUUAGUUGUUUUGUUAUUUCUUUUAUUGACACAUUUAUUUACUAAUUGAGAAAAGAACCUGUGAUCAAUUCUGCUCGCCUUUUUAAAUGAAAAGUCAACACAUCAAUAAGUUGCCUAUAACUUAAAUAUUUAAUUUGUACAUGUUAAUUUAUUUAAAUGUUUGAUCCUUUCAUUAUACUGAUAUUAGUUUUCUUCAAGCUAGCUGAAAAAAAAAUCGUUGUAAUUAUUAAUUUAUUUCAUUUACUUCAGCAUAUUUUUAGUACAGUUGUUUUUAUUAUGUUACUGAUUUUCUUUCCUCCUAAGAACCUAAUGGGUAUUGCUAAAAGCAAGAGUCAUAAACGAGGCAUCUCCAGUAGCCUGCACAGUAAAGCAAAUAAUCCUUUGGUAUCUACUUGUUUGCAAAAUUGUCCACAAUGAAACAGUAAGGAACUGCUGUCAACAUCCCAUUUUUGUAGGAUUAUGACCCACUCAGGGAUGCAUUAAGUCAUAACUGAUCCUUUAUUCACUGAUUUGUCACUCUUCAGACAUGCAUUUCCUUGCCAGAUGCCCCGUACUUGCAGUAGCCCUAUUUUUUGCUGCACUCUUCCCUGCUUAUUGCACACUAACUAACUUGUUCAGUGAAUAAUCUGAUGACUUGUUAGCUGAGGUGCGGCACUACUACAGACUUUAUUUGUACACGACUGCUGUAAAGUAGUGUUUAAAAAAAAAAAAAAAAAAAAAAAACUAAUUGUGUGUCCUGGCGACAGUGUAAAUAUAGUACAUUUAGUAGUGUAAACAUCUUUGGAAAACUUGUAGAUUGUUCUAGAAUUUGUAUUUUUGUAUAGAAUUUUGAAUUACCUAGUCUCAGAGGUGAGCCGUAUGCCCUCUUUUCCUUGCAUUCUUCCCCAAGCAGGCGGUCACGUUUUAUGCAGAAGAGUUUGAUUUUUUUCUUUGCCAUGUUUAGUUGAAUAGUUCUACAAGCUUAUGGGCCUCUGUACAGUCCACAUAGUAACAUUUAAUAUACACAACACAUAGCCUCCUGCUCAGAGAAUAAUAAUAUAACAGUAUUGUUUCACAUGGGACACAAUGCAAUGAUUAUAACAGGAGAGAAGGCAUUAUGCCCUAUACAUAUAUAAAUAUAUAUAUAAUUUGUAGAGCUACUUGGCCUUACAACACGAUAACUCGCUGUUUUAUGAGCCUCCUUGCCUUGACAGCCUCUGCCUCAGACUUGCCAUUCACAUGCCCCCAUACACAGCCAUCAUCAUCAAGUCUCAGUCAAACCUGCUUGCAGCAAUUCACAGGCAAAGACAGAAGAAGGCAAAGACAUUGGCAAGACACAAAAGUCUAGUGUUUGUGUGGAGCUGUACUGUGUGCCUGCAGUUGUAUUUUUUUUUUUUUUUUUUUUUUUGUGGGAACAUCUUUAAUGGUUAUGUAGCAUUUCUGAAUAAUACAGUCAUCUUUAUUCGGUUGCAGAUAAUGUGAUUUUUACAGUUUACUGUUAGGUUACAUUGUGUUGUAUCAAAGCAAAAUCACAUUCGGUUUAUUGAAUAUCCUACCAUCAUGUCAGGCAAGUUGUUUUUGCCAUAAUUUCCAUAAGUGGAGGUUCCCCUUCUGUGUCAUAAAGUGUCAUGAAGCCAGUGGGCAGACAUUUUCUAAGAAGGCUCCAUUCACACAUUUCCUCCAACCAGUUCCUGAUACCUUAUAAAUUGUCUUUAACAUCUAAACCUAGCUUCAUUUGAAUACAAUGAUGAGACUUCUGCACAUUUACAGUUUGCUUUCUACCUGUAUUUCCCCUAGUUCAGUCACAGGUUGAAUUAACGAGUCACACUCAUACUGCCGUUAUUGUAUUCAUCAAUUCCAUGCAUAUUUAGGAAAAUAACUAUGCAAUUUUUGAGUGUGGCAUUCCUUAAUUAUAAACAACUGACUCCAGGACAAGAAAAAUACUGUCCCCAUCAUGAAGUAUGCCAGUCUGCCACAAACUAAUUUGCAACACUCCAUACAAAAGGCAACUGGUUGCAAAAGUUGCUUUUCUCCAGUGCGUACAUAUUAAGCAUGCUUUUUAAUGUUCAGCUCCAGUGCAUUGCAUUUGAUUGAUCUUGUUUGGAGUGGGGUGAAUCUGUGCUUUGCAGUGUGUCUUUAUCGAGUGCUUUCCCAUGAAUGUUGAACCAUGAUAUAUUCCUUUUACAUGCUGUUUUGCCUCUGAGAUAACUAACUGGUUUUAAACCAACUGGAUUUGCUUGGAAGGAGAACUUGGUUAUUGAAUGAUUCUGUUUUAAGAAUUGUUUGGGUCAAAUGUUAGCAGCAUUUUUAAUUUAUGGAUAAAAAUGACAUUUUCAUUUGGUCUUAUGCUCCAUUUUACUGAAGUCAUCUCAUUCUUUCACAUUUAAUUGUCACAGCUGACACACAGGCAGUUUGACCCAUCUUGACCAAUCGAAUUCACACUGUUUAAAAUGAAUCACUGGUUUAGCCUUUCCGUGUAUGAGUAUGACAGAGCUGCCGAUAUUUGUGUAAUCACUAAGGAACUGCUUUUCAAAUUGGAGGCCCAGGUUUUGUCGGUCUGCAAAGUUUACCUGAACUGGUAAGACCUCAGCAAAUCACUGAUGGUGACAUUUGUUUGGAAGCAGGAUGUUUCAGAAGACAGGCCAUUGCAAACUGCAUAGCAGCAAGAGAGUAUUGGAAAUCUGUACAUAGGGAGACGCUGAAAUUCUGCUUUCUCCAACAUUUUCCAAAAAGGGUAAUAUGAAAUGGAACAGUAUGCUUCCAAAGGAAUGUCUUAAACACCCAAAGAGUGAGGAAUUGUUAAGGAUUUGUAUUUUUAAAAGAAUGUAUAAUGUGAAAAAUGUUUGCUUAUGCUUGUUUUGUAUAAAGUAAUAUUGUAUUAUGAUAAAUAACUUUUUGAAUUGAGAGCAAUAUAAUACUAAUAAAACCUUAUCCUUAUCACUGAA